GUGGAGAACACAAGACAGAAGAGUAAGACCGACAGAGAAAACAAUUUUAACUAACCUCAAACGUAGUUUCCAUUGUUCUUCUGUUCCUUUCCUUUUCUAUUUUUUAUUUUUUAUUCUUUUUUCUUUUUUUCCUUUUUUUUUUAUUUUCUUUAAUUUUCAAGAGAAAAAAAAAUAAAUAAAUUAAAAAAAAAAGGCUCAAUCCAUCCAUCAACAACUUACCACAACUUGACAACUUUCCGAAACUUGUCAUCAAUUUUCUCACCACUCGUUCAGUAGGCAGAUCUCUUUUUCUUUCCUUUUUUUUUUCGUUUCUCCUUUUUAUUCUCUUCAAUUUUUUUUUUUCCAACUCCUUCUCCUUCCCUCUUCACCAUGUUUCUCCCCUUAAACGGCAGCAAUACCACACUUCCUGUCGUGCCGGAGCCCAUCAUUGGAGGUCCUUCUUCCUUUUUAGAGAGCCUUGCGUCUUUGCUCGGAGCACUGUCCUUGGGCUGCUGGGUUGUGCUUCUCAUUCCCCAGUUGCUCGAGACUUACAAGUACCAGUCGGGCGAGAGCAUUUCUGAGUUGUUCCUCAUCAUCUGGCUUAUUGGUGAUGCCUUCAACGUAAUCGGCUCCAUUUGGGGCAAUGUUGCGUCCACAGUCCUCGUGCUCUCCGUAUACUAUUGUUUCUCAGACUCGAUGCUUCUGCUGCAAGUAUACUAUUACCGGUAUAAGGCUCGUAAGAACGGCACCCGCACUGGAGAACAACAACCUUUGCUCGAAAGCCGUACAACUGCAAGCGGUCAUGCGCCCAUGGCACCUUACGAGGAGCGUGUCAUUUUCUGGGACACCUGGACUGAGACCCAACGUGGUGUGUUCAUGAUUGGCAUCGUUUGUGUUUCCACGUUCAUCGGUAACUGGGUCAUCAGCAAGGCUUCGGUCGACAACAGCAACAACGAUGUCAGCAUUUGGCCCUCUAUGUUUGGCGUCAUCAGUUCAGUUCUGUACUUUGUCGCCCGGUUCCCCCAGAUUAUCAAAAACCACCGCAACAAAUCAACCAAGGGUCUUUCCAUCUUCUUCUUCAUUCUGUCCAUGUCGGGAAACAUCACUUAUGUGUUGAGUAUCAUCGCAUUCCCUGCUGCGGAUUACUGCAACUACCUCAAGGAGAACUCUCCCUGGCUCAUUGGUGCUGCUAGCACCGUCUUCUUGGACGUCAUCAUUUUCUUCCAGUUCAUUAAAUACCGUUCCGAAUAAACCAACAUCCAAGGGUAAGCUUGCUAGUUUGUUCGCUUCCGAAUCGUGUAUAUAGCAGGGCCUUGUUGAAAAAAAAAGGUUUUAAAACGUUUCAACAACCGGCCAUCGUUACUGUCAUUACUGCAUUGUUUGUUACAAACGCAUAUCAAUUCCGUAUCGUCGUCCUUGAAUCCCACAAUAGACUUUUACUCCUUCAAUAGCAAUACCGCUGAAGGGACAAGACCUGUUUGGGUUGUGUGAACCCUUUGUUAAUAAUAGUAAUAAUAAUAAGAAACACAUGCAUGCGAAGAGGAUGCGCGAGGUUGUCUUUUGCAUCGAGUGUGCGUGUGUGUGUGUGUGUAACAGCAACACGGUUUCGCAUCGAGUGUCCUGCUUACCUAAAUCCUUCAGCGAUUCUGUG